UUUUUAUAUCUUUUCAUGUAUGUUUAAACCUUAUCAAAUAUUUUUUUAAAUUUUUAUUCAAUAUUUAUUUUUGAUAAGAUAUUAUUGAAAAUAGUUAUCAAAAGUUAGAGAAAAGAAGAAAAAAAGUAAAAAAUGAAUAUAUUAGAUCAUUUUUGUAGCAUACACGAAGAGCAGAAUAAUUAGAUAAAAUUCUUUUGUUUAAAUGAAGAAAUGCCUGAAGAGAUAAAAAGCAGACUUCUCUGCAAUUAUUGCCUUGAAGACGCGAACAAACACAAAUUAAUUUUAGUUUCUAUCGAUAGGCUAUAUAAUAAUAAUCGAAUUGUUUCGUAGUGGCCACCUACAUAUUAAGAUAUCUCAUAGAAUAUUCUUCUGCCAGAUUUCUUAACAAAAAUAAAAAUAAGCUAUAUAGAAGAUUAUUAUGAAAAUUUAAAAAAAGAAAUAUGUGAAUCACUAGAAUAACAAAAAAAAUAAGAUAUGAUGGCGAUUAGCUAGAUGCUUGAUUACGAAGGCAUUAUAAAUAAAUACAAUCAGAUUUCUGGUUUCAGUUAAAUUUAGAAUAUCAUCUCGUAAAAUAAUAACUCUCCCUCAAUAUUAGAGUAAUAAUUAAAUGAAUUGAUCAAACAAAAGUAUUAGGAUAUUGAUAAAAACUAGUAGGUUAUUGAUGAUAUUUUUUAAAAUAUUGCUGUAAUGCAAGAAUAAGAAUUGAAAUUAAUUUAAGAUGAUAUCAUGUAAAAGGUCAGAUCUCUUUAAAUUAUAUAAAAGAGUAGUUAAGUAAAUUAAAUUGGUAAUAUGGUUUCAAGUACUUUUAAGGAGUCUGCUAACAUAAAAAUUAAGACCAGUGCAAAUAAGAUAUCAAUAAUUCCUAAUAAGUUACUUUGUGGAUAAGUGUAUUCCAUGAAACCAAUCAAACAAGAUAAAAUUUACUAAUUUAUCGUUGAAUUCGAUAAAAAGCCUUAAAAUUAUAUCUGCAUAGGAUUCGAGGAAGAAGCUCAUAAAAAUAGGCACUUAGGAAAUUAAGGGAGAAAUUCUUUCAUUGUUGGAUAAGUUAAUAGUUCUUUUUGCUCUUAAUUAUUGAAAGGAAGCAAAAAUUUGUAGGACUUAGUGACAGAAUAAUUUGUAAAACAAUUAAUUAUUGAAGUUAAGCUUUGUGAAAACAAGUUUUACAUAUCAGAUUUUCCUAAUAGAACUUCUAUUAACUCUAUGAAUGAAACUUAAUAUUAAUUUAAACCAAACACUGAUUACUAUUUCACUAUUUAAAUUAAUAAUUAAGAUACGCAAAUUUAAAUUUUAUCUAGUAAGAUAAUUCCAUAAUUUUCUUUAGAGUGA